AUGAAGUUUUCAACAAUCGCUAUCAUCUCCACCUUCGCCUCUGUAGCCACCGCUGCCGCGUUUGACAAGAGACAAGAGACACUCGAUAUCAAAUCUGCAGCUGCAACUAACCUCAAUCUCAACCUCGUCACUUCGGACGUUUCAAUGAAAGUCGGAUUGGCCAAUAGCGUUCUCGCUACGGUGUCUAGAGAUAUCGAUCCAGUUACCGUCGACUUUUUACCGGUCGACUCUGAAUAUAUGGGAUAUGAAAACACCGACGACACAAAGUUUGGUCAUAUUCGCAACACUGAGACACAACAAGCACUCACGGCCAGCUCCCCAGGCGUAGCCCUAGGUCAGACCGUCUACUUUUCAACGAGCAGCACCUCAGAUAACUCAAGCCAACUGCUUCAAUUCUGGCAAAUGGAUGUCGAGAGCAUGGAAGUGAAAUUUCUUGGCAAACCAAAGGAUGGCAAUUACGGUGAAGGUCCACUCACUCCACAGUCACAGAACGAGGGUGAUAAUUUGGCAAUUGCACUGAACAAGGACACCGACGCGAAACUCGUUCUGGAACAGAAGUAG